UGGCUCCUUUCUUCGCUCUCAUUUUCGGAUUUUAGAGAUAUUCUUUCAUUUCGUAACAGAUAUUUUCUCUUUCUGAUUAUCCAAACACGAUACGUUGAGCUGAUUUCCGCUUUCCAGUUCUAGAUUAUCUCUUCCUUAGCUGAGGUUCUAUGGCAGUCUCCGUUUCUGCUUCCAAGAUUCUCUGCUUGAAGUCGGACCGUUCCACACGGUUCGGUGUCGCUUCUGCAGCAGUUUCUUCUUCGUCUUCUUCUCCGACAAAACUAUCAUUUCUCUCGUCCCUACAAUUUCCUGUACGAACUCGUCUUCUUCGAAAUGGAAGCAUCGGGGUUGUCGCUUCCCGGCGGCCUCGAAUUCUUCCUCUGGUGGAGGCAAAGAAGCAAACUUUUUCCUCAUUUGAUGACAUGCUUGCUAAUUCUGAAAAACCUGUAUUGGUUGACUUUUAUGCAACCUGGUGUGGUCCUUGUCAAUUCAUGGCACCCGUACUUAGCGAAGUAAGCACUCGGCUUAGAGAUGUUAUACUUGUAGCAAAGGUUGACACUGAAAAGUAUCCUAGCAUUGCUGACAAAUACAGAAUUGAGGCAUUGCCUACUUUCAUAGUCUUUAAGGACGGAAAACCCCUUGAUCGCUUUGAGGGAGCAUUGACUGCAGAUCAGCUGAUUGAACGGAUAGAAUCCAGUCUCAAGGUUAAGCAAUAAUGAUACUUAGCCUCUAUUGUUUUUCUGUAGCUUAGCAUGACUGUAAUAAAGAUACUUGCUUAAGGGCAUCUGUAAGCGAGUAGAUGUACAUUGUCCCCCACACUAGCUCCAGAAAUCCCUUAUUAUUGGUAUUUUUUAUGAGGAAGCUGUCUUCAACUGUUAUGAAGCCCCUAGACAAAAAUGGAUAUUGCCUAAUGUAAUACUGGAUCUUAUAGACGGCGUUAGCUUGGAAAAUGACAAUUCCUGUUUUAGCAUUGUUAUUAUUAUUCUUUUUUUCAA